CUGCAGACCAAUUUGUCGUGAUUCGUAAGCCGGAGCAUCCCAAGCAAGAUUCGGCUGCGAACAACUCACGAAAUCUCAGGAGUCCAAAAACACAAUACCCCUACCCCCCAUUCUCUCAAACGUACAGCCACCAUGUCUACCACCAAACCAGUCCUGAUCGCGGGCGCCGGGCUCGCAUCCCUACUGUUGGCCCACUCCCUCCGGCUAUCCGGGAUACCCUUCAAAAUCUUCGAACGCGAUGCCUCCUUCGUCUUCCGCGCCCAGGGGUACAGACUGCGCCUAUCGUCCGAAGGCCUGGCCGCUAUCGAAUCAGUCCUCGCCCCAGACACCUUCCAACGGUUCUGGGACAAGUGCGGCAAGACCAGCGGCAGCGGCCUAACCCAAAUCAACGCCAUAACCGGCGAAGUAAUCAACAGCCCACCCGCAACCCAAAACACCCUCAUCUCCCGCGGCGGCCAGGUCGUCGGCAUAGCCCGCGGCGACGCGCGCAAGAUCUUCGCCGAAGGCUGCUCCGACCAUAUCGAAUGGUCGCGCGAAGUAACCGGCUACCAGCUCACCCCCACCGGCGGGGUCCUCGCCCUCUUCGCCGACGGCAGCACCUCCGCCGAAGGCUCGCUCCUCAUCGGCGGCGAAGGGAUCCGCUCCCGAAUCGCCCCCCAACUCUCCCACAACCGCCUCAAAGUCUACGACACCGGCGCGCGCGGCAUCCACGGCCAGGCCCCUACCACCGCCUUCCGCGGCCUCGGCGAGGGCGUCUUCGCCCUGAUCGACAACUCCCGCGCAGACGGCACCCUCUCCCUCAUCACCAACAUCCGCUCCGGCACCGAAAAGGACGACCCGACCCUCGAAUUCGGCUGGACCCUCGCCGGCCAACCGGGCGUCAUCCGCCCGCCCAACGACAACAACCACAACAACAACCACACCAUCGUCGGCACCCAAGCCGCCGCCGUCGCCAAGUCCCUCACCAGGGACUGGCACCCGCGCUUCCGCGCGCUGUUUGAGCAGAUGAAUGAGGCGGAGGCGGCGUUCUGGAAGAUCACGUGCUCGACGCCGACGGGCGUGCCCGAGUGGGAGAAUGAGGCGAGGGUGACGGUGAUUGGGGACGCGGCGCACUCGAUGACGCCUGCGGGGGGUUUGGGCGCGAAUACGGCGGUGCGGGAUGCGGCGCUGUUGGGGCGGUUGUUGCGCGAGGCGUGGGGGGGGAGUGGUGGUGGUGGUGGUGGUGGUGGUGGUGAUUGGGCUGGGGUGACGGCGGAGUAUGAGAGGGAGAUGAGGGUUUAUGCGAGUGAGGCGGUGGAUCAGAGUUAUAGUGCGGCGACGAGGCAGUUUGGGGUGAGGAUUGAUCCGGAGACUACGCCGACCGUUUGA